UUGGGAGGGGUCCCGUACUCUCGCGAGAUCAGGGACGGAAGAUGACAGAUGGAUCUCUAUCGGCCGUUCGGUAGGAUGAGCGGCUUACCGUCCCGUGGCAGCUAUGAACGACAACAUUAUGUCGCUAUAGUAAGUAAAACGGGGGAGACCGCAUGCAACUAACUGUCCGACAACAGUUGCAUAAUCGGUAGUUCUGGGUUCGUUUUAUUCGUUAACGGCAUUGUGCGUUAUUUUUAUUUCUGGGGGAUUCCGUGUUUUCAUGUUACGUGAGCUGCCGUUAUUGUCCCCGUCGAUCAACUACAGGCAUCCAUUGCAACGCCAGGGAGUAUUUACAUCGGUUUCCUCGGGUUAGCUGGGGGUUGGAUCAGAUUAUUUUGUUGCACACUUUUUAAACUCUUAAAAAAUGACUGGAGAAAGGCGUCGCUCUCUGCGCAAGGAUCCGAAGCAGAAGAAGGAUAUGGAGGCGGUGGAACACGACGAGGAGGCGGCGGGGACGUUAACGGUGUCCAGGAAUAACAGGAUCAAAGCAAACAAGAUCUUCAACAAUCACAAGAUGAUCAAAUCGCCGUCAACGCAGCAUCAGCAUCAGUUAUCCCAGAUCAACGCCAACACCAACGACACUAACGCUAACGCUAACUCGAACACAGCCGCCACCGACGACAACAAGAACCCCCUCGUUCACAAUACGGAGGAUUUCCCGGUUCACGAGUGUGUGUUUAAAGGAGAUGUGCGCCGGCUGUCCUCGCUAAUCCGGACACAAAACAUCGCUCAGAAAGAUGUCCACGGAAACACACCUCUUCACCUGGCAGUUAUGAUGGGACACAAAGAGUGCGCCCAUCUGCUCCUGGCCCACAAUGCACCAGUGAAGGUGAAGAACGCCCAGGGGUGGAGCCCGCUGGCAGAAGCCAUCAGCUAUGGAGACCGACAAAUGAUCACAGCCCUGCUGAGGAAGCUAAAGCAGCAGUCCAGAGAGAGCGUGGAGGACAAGAGGCCUCGGCUGCUGAAAGCACUGAGGGAGUUGGGUGACUUUUACCUGGAGGUUCACUGGGAUUUUCAGAGCUGGGUGCCCCUGCUCUCCCGCAUCCUGCCGUCCGAUGCCUGUAAAAUCUACAAGCAGGGGAUAAAUAUCAGGCUGGACACCACGCUCAUCGACUUCACUGACAUGAAGUGCCAGCGUGGGGACCUGAGUUUCACCUUCAGGGGCGACGCCCCUCCCCCAAAAUCCUUUGUGGUUCUGGACAACGAGCAGAAAGUCUAUCAGCGCAUUCACCAUGAGGAGUCGGAGAUGGAGACCGAGGAGGAAGUUGACAUCCUGAUGAGCAGCGAUAUUUACUCUGCCACCCUCUCCACCAAAUCCAUCACAUUCUCCCGCACGCAGUCUGGCUGGCUCUUCAGAGAGGACAAGACGGAGCGAGUGGGCAGCUUCCUGGCAGAAUGCUUUGCGGUGAACGGCCUGGUUCUGGAGUCCAGGAAGCGGCGGGAACACCUGAACGAGGAGGACAUCCUGCGGAACAAGGUCGUCAUGGAGACCUGGAGCAAGGGAGGGAACGCCAUCGAGCACAACUACGAGCCUGUGAGGAGGCAGUCUCUCACCGCUCCAUCUCCAAACUCUCUCUCCUGGGAGGAAUACAUCACAGCCGAGCACGGCCGAGCCCCUCAGCUGGGCCGGGAGCUGGUGUGUAAGGAGAGCAAGAAGAACUUCAAGGCCACAGUGGCCAUGAGCCAGGACUUCCCGCUGGCCAUGGAGUCGUUGCUGAAUGUACUGGAGGUCAUCGCUCCCUUUAAACACUUUAACAAGCUGAGAGAGUUUGUGCAGAUGAAGCUUCCGCCCGGAUUUCCUGUCAAAUUGGACAUCCCGGUGUUCCCCACUGUCACUGCCACUGUGACGUUCCAGGAGUUCCGCUACGACCAGUUUGACGAGUCCGUCUUCGCCACGCCGCCCGACUACAAGGAGGACCCAAGCCGCUUCCCUGACCUCUGACCGCCCCCCUCCCUGGGCACACACUGCCCCACAGGGGGCACUGGACAUAUAAUACAUCAGUUUCUAAAGAAGAAGAAAAAAAAAAGAAAAAAUUUAGGUGUGUCAGACUGUGGGGUGGACGUGUCCCGUGUGAGUGGCCUGACAAGCACUCCUCAGUGGGUUUGUGGGGGCGCUACACUCAGUAUUUUGGGGGGUGGGUUGGGGCUUGGGAGGACAGAACUGUGCUUCCUGUUUGUCCUGCAAAAUGUGGAGUUUCAGAAAGUUACAGCAAUCUGUCAACCUGCAUCAGAAUACUGGAGUGCUGCACAGUCCCUCUGACCGCAGGCAGAGGGCGCUGUGGGGUCUGCAGUCCCUCUGACCGCAGGCAGAGGGCGCUGUGGGGUCUGCAGUCCC